UAAUCAUUGACAAUGAAGGUAUAACUUAAAAGAAGACAGACGCACAACACCAUUUGUCUUUUCAAAGGUUCAUCAUGAGGACUGCGGUCGCUCUCCAGCUGGGCUUCUGCGGCCUGUGUCUAACUCUGGCACUUCUCGGAGAAGGGAUGGGAGUGGAGCUUCCUGACCCACCAGCAGUGAACUGUGCAUGGAGCCGCUGGUCAGAGUGGAGUUCAUGUGAUCCUUGCACAAAAACCAGAAGACGUUCUCGAAGUGCAGAGGUGUUUGGCCAGUUUGGAGGACAGUCCUGCCAGGGAUCACUUGGGGACAAGGAGUUCUGUACAAAUGAUACUGAGUGUGCCCUGCCGCCGCCCCGUCAGUGCCUAGACUCUGAGUUCCAGUGCGAGUCAGGUUCUUGCAUUAAGAAGAGAUUAAUGUGCAACGGGGACUAUGACUGCGAAGAUGGAUCAGAUGAGGACUGUGAUCCUGAGAACAAGCCAUGUCAGUCGGCAGUCCUGGAGAGCAAUGAGCAAGGCAGAACAGCUGGAUAUGGAAUCAACAUCUUGGGUUCAGAUCCUCGAAUGAACCCCUUCAACAAUGAUUACUUCAAUGGAAGAUGUCACAAAGUGUUGAAUCCAAACACUGGGCGGCAUGACAGGCUUCCCUGGAACGUUGGUGUGCUAGACUAUCAGACUCUGACGGAGGAGACUGUUUCUAGAGAGAUCUAUGAGGACACACACAGCCUUCUGAGGGAGAUGCUGAGGGAGAUGACUGUUAAAGUUGAUGCCGGACUUUCCUUCAAAUUCAGCCCCAGUGAGGAGUCCAUGUCGAAAGCGUCUACACAGCUGAAUUUAAAUUACCAAUACGAGAAGAAGUCUAUGAUUAAGGAGGUCUCAGAGUACAGCGUCACUGAGAACAAGAGCUUUAUGCGGGUGAAGGGCAGAGUGCAGCUGAGCACCUACAGGCUGCGCUCUCAUGGGCUCCAAAAGGCUGAUGAAUUCCUAGAGCAUGUCAAAUCUUUGCCGUUGGCGUACGAGAAGGGUAUUUAUUUUGCCUUCCUGGAAGACUAUGGAACCCACUACACCAAAAAUGGGAAGUCUGGCGGCGAAUACGAGUUGAUAUAUGUUCUCAACCAGGACACCAUCAAGGCAAAAAAUCUGACGGAGAGAACGGUCCAGGAGUGCGUCAAAUUAGGCAUCAAGGCAGAUUUUGGUGACGAUGGAAAAGCACACCUAAACCGCGACAAGUGUAAUGAUGUAACAUCAAAACAAGAAGGUAAUAUUCAUGGAAAAGCAGUGGUGGACAAGGUGAUGACAUCAGUCAAAGGAGGAACUCUGGAAAGCGCCGUUACUAUGAGAGCUAAAUUAAAUCGGGAAGGAGUGAUGGACAUCGCAACAUAUCAGAACUGGGCUCGAACCAUCACCGAGGCCCCCGCACUGCUCAACAGUGAGCCAGAGCCCAUCUAUAUGUUGAUUCCAUUGGAUAUGCCUGGCGCCAACUCCAGGAUAUCCAACCUGAAGCAGGCCACCGCAGACUAUGUGGCAGAGUAUAAUAUCUGCAAGUGUAAGCCUUGUCACAACGGAGGAACUGUCGCUCUGCUGGAUGGAAAGUGCAUGUGCCUGUGCCCUCAUCUGUUUGAAGGCGCAGCCUGCCAGAAUUUCAAGGGUGAUAAAGCUAAACAUGCAGGUACAAGACCUACUGUGAACCAGGAGGGUAACUGGUCGUGCUGGUCUGCCUGGUCCAGCUGUAGUGGAGGGAAACGCACCAGGACACGCAGAUGCAACACGGACGGGCUCCUUGGAGCUGUGUGCAGAGGCGACACCAGCAGUGAAGAGUUCUGCUGAGAGGAAGGACGACCAUUUAACAAACACAAACUUUCUCUCACUCUGAUAACACACACACACAGAGCUGUCCUACGAGAACAGUGUCAUCUUGAGGUUGGUUAUAGACAAUGCAGUUCAUAGAAUUGCAGUUGUUUUUUCUGUUUGUAGAUAUGGUUUCAGUUUAUUUUGUGAUUUCAAUGUGGAGUUUCCAUAAGAAAUAUCAGUUGUAUAUGUGUACACACAUGGAUUUACAUGUAGCUGGGGGAAAAAGUGAAACUCAGAUGAUCAAGUUUACCUAAGAACACAAACUUUCUGGUAUUAUUUUUUUUAGUACAAAUGACAAAAAGUCAAUAAAAGUGCUGAUUUUA